AUGCACAAGCUCUCAGACGAGCACGUGUAUAUGGUGACAAAAACCCUUUCCGCCAAGGCGCGCUGCGCACGGCGCUGGACAGAGGAUUUUAAUGCAACUGGCGACAUCCGGGCCGAGCGUAUCCCGCUCGACCCCAGCCCUUUGUUUUACGUUUUCGGGGUCCCGUGUAUAGCCCUCUAUCGCGGCUAUUACAUCCUGGCCGGCUCCCGAGGUCCCGAGCUCUAUGGCGUACUAGCAAAUGUUAAAAACAACGCAACAAUCAAAGCAGCGCAGAGGGAUUGGUUAUUAGGCCCGAUUCUAGCAUCAGAAGACUUCACCAGUGCCCAACGAAACCUGACACGGAUAUAUCAUGAUGAAACAGGUGAAAGGAUCACCACUAAGGUACAGGCACACGGCACAAUCGUAUCGACGGACGCGCUACUCCCAAGCGAGCGGACCAGUCAAGCGUGUAAAGCACGUUUCGACCGAAUCAUCACGAGCGUAUUCGACCUCAGCCUUAUUAGCGGUGGCGACGGCAAGCCCUCUUUCGCACCUGACUACCAAUCCCAGGGGCAGGCGCUCGCUAUAGAGCUGCUCAGAGAGACAAACCCAGUACUGGAAGACCUAAUCAAUAAGCUCCAAACCGUCGCAGCCACCACCCCAGCGGCAGACUAUAAGGCACAGUUCCCAGCGCUUACGAAAAGUCUCGACCUUAUAGCAGGCAUCCAAAAGGAUAUACAAGCCGUCGACGAGCGUUACAGGGAUGCUUUAGCAACUUGGAGGGAAAUAGAGGCUGAGCUUAUGACAACGCAACCUGGGCCGAGAGCAAUGGCUGUCCUGUCUACCAUCGCCAAGCCAAUACGCGACAACCUCGCCAUGCUGGCAAAUCUCAAGGCCAUAUAUGGCACACCAGCAGACGUAGAAGCAAGCCUCUACAGGCCAGGGUAUUUCAACGAAGAAGCCGAAGCGCCGCCCGGAAACACAGGCACCAACGAAGAAGCCGAAGCGCCACCCGGAAACACAGGCGCCAUAAACUACGUGUGCUAUCCUGGCGAAGAAGAUGAACUUUUCAGGAACCGACAGACCAAUUAA